GCCAAUCGAUAAGCUCCCCCCGCCUCCAUUGUCCACCACGGGCAGACAGCUGCACCUACCUGGGACUGUCACGGUCGUCGUUAACCAGCCUUACCUUCCGGUUCGAUUUCCAACGACGAACAAAUCUACUGUACUUACAUUAUCCUUCAACACACCUUCCCUCACAGCUCCUUGCCAAUUCAUUCACCAAAGCGCACACCUUGCGACCACCUAUCCCGGUACCCGAUAGCUCUCACACUAGUCAAGAUGUCUGACGACGAGGACUUCAUGCAGGAGUCUGAUGAGGAGUACGACUUUGAGUACGAGGAAGACGAUGAUGAGGAUUCCGGAGACGUCGGCAUCGAGAACAAAUACUACAAUGCGAAGCAACUCAAGCUCACCGAUCCCGAGGAUGCAAUUGCUGAAUUCUUGGGCAUACCACCCUUAGAGGAGGAAAAGGGCGAAUGGGGUUUCAAAGGUUUGAAACAAGCCAUCAAACUUGAGUUUAAGCUGGGGCAGUAUGAAAAGGCGACGGAGCAUUAUGCCGAGCUGCUGACCUACGUCAAGUCGGCCGUGACGAGAAACUACUCCGAGAAGUCGAUCAAUAACAUGCUGGACUACAUUGAGAAGGGAUCAGACAGUCCCAAGGCCGUGGCGUGCGUCGAAAAGUUCUAUUCGCUCACACUCGAGAGCUUCCAGAGCACGAACAAUGAGAGACUAUGGCUGAAGACGAAUAUCAAGCUGGCCAAACUCCUCCUCGACCGCAAGGACUAUAACACAGUCAUCAAGAAGCUGCGGGACCUGCACAAGGCUUGUCAGAAAGAAGAUGGCAGUGACGAUCCCAGCAAGGGCACAUAUUCUAUGGAGAUAUACGCCCUCGAGAUCCAGAUGCACGCCGAGACCAAGAACAACAAGCAGCUGAAGAGACUUUACCAGCGCGCCCUCAAGGUCAGGUCCGCUGUCCCUCACCCCAAAAUCAUGGGAAUUAUUCGCGAAUGCGGUGGCAAGAUGCACAUGAGCGAGGAGAACUGGGCCGAAGCGCAAACAGACUUCUUCGAAUCCUUCCGCAACUACGAUGAGGCCGGCUCGCUCCAGCGGAUCCAGGUGCUCAAGUACCUCCUUCUCACAACCAUGCUGGUUAAGUCCACCAUCAACCCCUUUGACUCGCAGGAGACGAAGCCCUACAAGCAGGAUCCCCGAAUCACUGCCAUGACCGACUUGGUAGACGCAUACCAACGCGACGACGUUCACGCCUACGAGAAUGUCCUUCAGAAGAACCAAGACAUUCUUGCCGACCCUUUCAUCGCCGAGAAUAUUGACGAAGUGACGCGCAACAUGAGGACCAAGGGAGUCCUGAAGCUCAUCGCACCGUACACACGUAUGAAGCUGUCAUGGAUCGCGAAGCAACUGAAGAUCUCAGAGCCUGAGGUCCAGGACAUACUGGGCUUCCUCAUCGUUGACGGCAAGAUUCAGGGCAAGAUUGAUCAGCAAGCCGGCACCCUCGAGAUUCAAUCAGACGCGGACAGCGACCGCACCAAGGCUCUAUACGAGUUGACGCAAUCCGUCUCGACCUUGUACACCACCAUGUUCAAAGAGGGGGAAGGCUUCCGAUCAACCGAGUUCCCUACCGAUGAGCAGACAAUGGAGAUGAUGGGCGGCGGCAUGACCCCCAGAGGCGGCGGUCGUGGACAGCCGCGGGGUGUUGGACGGAAGGGCAAAGGCGUGAUGCCAUCAAUGUGGACAUGAUGAGCAUGAUCAUACGCGCGUAUCGGUUGAUUACAGCCGAUGAGAGACACAGUGGGCAAAGCCAACUACAGGCCAUUGUCCCAUGGCUGGUCGGCCAGCUACAUUACAGCCAGGACGGGGACGGAAGUGGCUUAGACGAUGAAGGGAGACGAUGCCAUGAUAGUCUUGGCAAGCACGGAGAAGGAGUAGAGGCGUUGUCAAAGUAGCUAAUCAGGCCAUGACAAGAUACCAAAGAACAUUCAAUCAACAUCAUUAGUCAAAAGAAGAUGGAAACGCUCUUCGUCAGACCUCAAGCAGC